UGUGCGAAUCCACAUAAUAAUAACUGGAUCAACGGCAACCCAUCGUUUCUUCCCACCCGCGUAUUAUCCCUCGUCUCGUCUUCUCAAAAAAUUUUCCGAAUAGUUUUCCCAGAAACGAAAGAUCUCUCUUUUAUUGUGGGGGAAGAUUCAUCGUGGUGUUUAAUUUACUGGGCAUCUCGAAAAAAUCACAACUUUCAUCCCUUACCUGAUUUGUUGAUUCGUUACAAUCAAUUUACUUUUGGUGUUCUGUUUCUUUGUUCUUCUUCUUCUUCAAUGGGAGCAUUAGAUGAAGGACGUUUGAAUCUGGAGCUAGAGCUAGAGACUGGAAUCAAAAACGCUUGCAUUGAUCUCGCUUUCGAGCACCAACCAGAGACUUUAGCCAUCCAAGACGCUGUCAAGCUUCUCCUCCAAGGUCUUCACGAGGAUGUCAACAGAGAAGGCAUCAAAAAGACUCCUUUCCGUGUCGCCAAGGCCCUUCGUGAAGGCACCAGAGGUUAUAAGCUAAAGGUGAAGGAGUAUGUACAGAGUGCUCUGUUUCCAGAAGCAGGGCUAGAAGAUGGCAUUGGACAAGCGGGGGGAGUUGGAGGACUCGUCGUCGUUCGAGACCUCGAUCACUACUCUUACUGUGAGUCUUGCUUGCUUCCUUUUCACGUCAGGUGCCACGUGGGUUACGUCCCAUCUGAGCAGCGUGUUUUGGGACUGAGCAAGUUCUCCAGAGUCGCUGACGUUUUCGCCAAGCGGCUCCAGGAGCCUCAGGGUUUGGCUGAUGAUAUAUGCUCUGCUCUCCACCACUGGGUCAAACCCUCUGGCGUCGCCGUUGUUCUGCAGUGCUCUCACAUUCACUUCCCAUGCUUGGACGUAAAGUCUCUAAGCGAUAAUGGGUUUGUGAAGCUCAUGGUUUCCUCCGGGUCAGGUGUUUUCGAGGACGAAGGGUCCAGUCUUUGGGGUGAGUUCUUGAGUUUCUUGAAACUCAAAGGCGUAAAGACGGAAGCCUUGUGUGGCUCUGUGAAGAAAGAGUGGUGUCCUAGCGUUAAAACCUCGUCUGAAGAAGAAGAUCCUGAGAUGGUUUCCGCGGUUGUUUCGAUUCUGAAGUCGUUAGGAGAAGAUCCGUCAAGGGAAGGACUUAUUGCUACACCAUCUAGAUUCCUCAAGUGGAUGAUGAACUUCCAAAACGUUAACCUCGAGAUGAAGCUUAACGGCGUUAACGGCGUCAAAGCUAACGGCGAGGUCAAGCUGCACUGUGAACUGAACUUACCGUUUUGGUCAAUGUGUGAGCAUCAUUUGCUUCCUUUCUACGGAGUUGUUCACAUUGGCUACUAUUGCGGUGAAGGAUACAGCCACAAGUCAUUGAUGAAGUCUAUUGUACACUUUUACGGGUUCAAGCUUCAAGUGCAAGAGAGGAUGACUCGUCAGAUAGCUGAGACGCUAUCGCCUCUCGUUGGUGGGGAUGUGAUCGUUGUAGCCGAGGCAGGGCAUACUUGUAUGAUCUCUAGAGGGAUUGAGAAGUUUGGAAGCAGCACUGCGACUAUUGCUGUUUUGGGUCAGUUUUCGAAUGAUGGUUCUGCAAGAGCUGAGUUUCUAGACAAGAUCCAUGCAACGGCUGCUUUGAAGGCAGAUGCAAGCUCCCCAUUUUGAGUGGGUUUACUUGUUUGUUUGUUUGUUUGUUGUGUUUUGUUUGGUAUCAUAAUCACUUUGAAGUUUCAAAACUAAGGAAGCGAUUUGAUUUCUUGGUUAUUGAUUCUUCUUCUAUGUUAGAUGUGUCAUUAUCUUUACAAUAAUUGAUCUUGUGAACCAUUAUACAUUCUACUAUUGGGAUUUGUUUU